CCUCCCGGCUGCCUCUUUCCAGCACGCCCAGCGCUGUCCACCGAGGCCGGCUGGAGCUCAGCAUGGCUGGGGGCCACCUCUGCUUCCUGCUCGUUCUACUGCUGUGGCCAGGUGGAAGCGCAGAUUCUCUGCCUUUGCUCAUGGACUCCAUCAUCCAGGCCGUGGCCGAGCUGGAGCAGAAGGAGCUGGAAGGGGGCCCAGCUGCCUCUGUCCGGGUGCUGCUGUCCGCGGGGCCCCCUGGCGGCCUCCCCCGGUUCCUGCGGGACUCUGUGAGCCCCGGGGCUUCCCCGCUGGACCCGGACCCUCUGGGGGCCGAGCUGCGCGCCCUGGUGGACCGAGUGGCCCAGCACGAGGUUCGGGGCCGGCAGGAGCGCGGGGUGCUGCUGGCCCCCGACGGCUCCACCGUGGCCCUGAGGCCUCUGCUCUUGGGGCUGGAGGCCGGGCAGCAGGGGCGCAGGGCUGUGCCUUUGGGGGACGGCCUCAGGCCCCCGGGGGACACCGGAGGAGACACCCUGGCGGGAUCCAGGAACGACUCUGCCAAUGUCACCUGGGUGGGGGAGCAGGCCGAGCCCCCCGCCGCCGUGGACAGCCUCCUGGCCGCCGCCCUGGCCACGGAGCUGGGCCUGGCUUUCCUCCACCCUCGCCCCAUCCCCAGCCCGCCCGGCCUGGGCUCUGAGGGCUGCUGGGACCGGCUCUCCUCCCCCCAGAACUUCACGCUGCUCGACCCCCCCACGACCCCCCUCACCAUGGCCUUCCUCAACGGGGCUCUGGACGGGGUGCUCCUCGGGGAGCACCUGAGCCGCCUCCCGCCGCCCCGGCCCCGGCUCAGCCUCCUGUUGGGACAGUACUACGGGGCUGGCGUGGACGGAGACCCGGGCUUCCGCAGCAACUUCCGGCGGCAGAGAGGCGCGGCUCUGAUUUCAGCCCCCAACCUGGCCCAGCAGGUGUGGGGGGCCCUCAUUCUGCUGCAAAGCCUGGAGCCCCGACACCCCCAGCUACACAACAGGAGCCGAGAGCAGCUGGCCCAGGCGGCCAGCUAUGCUUCCCAAGAGUUCACCCAGGCCUUCCUAGGCUGCGCCGCCAGCCUGCGCGCCGUGCAGCGCUUCCACCAGGGCGUGCGCGGCUGGGACGACGUCGGCUACAGUUUCGUGGUGGGAUCCGAUGGCUACGUGUACGAGGGCCGCGGCUGGCACUGGGUGGGCGCUCACACGCGUGGCUACAACUUCCGGGGCUUUGGCGUGGCCUUCAUAGGCGAUUAUACGGCGAGCCUGCCCACCGCAGCCGCGCUGCGCACCGUGCGGGACGGGCUCCCCAGGUGCGCCUCGCGUGCCGGCCUCCUGCGGCCCGACUACAAGCUGCUCGGGCACCGCCAGCUCCGGCGCGGCACCGACUGCCCCGGCGACGCCCUCUUCCACUUGCUACGCACCUGGCCGCACUUCAUCCAGACUGUAAACUAAGAGCUACCCGGAGAGUCUGUCCGAGACCCAGGAAGGCGCUACCCUGGGUGAUCCUACCGCAGCCACAGACU